UCUAUCUGUCUCUCUAAGUUUGAAGAAACCAGAAAAACAAGAGUCUGAGUGAUUGAAAUCGAUGAUUUGUUCUUCGUAUUGGUAGAUAAGCUUUGUUUCUGUAACCGUGAAGAUGAAGAGCAAAAAUGAGAAGCCGAAGUCCUUAAAGCCGGGAUAUGUUUUAUUAUCCAUACAUGAACAUUAGUGUGUAUGUUCACAUGAGUAAGUUGAGAGUGGAUUUCCGUCACAUUGACAGAGAAGAAAUAGAUUUGAAGAAGUUUGGGAAAAUGGUGCAUGUUAGGUUGGAUCUGGAAAAGGAAGAAAUAGAGAACUUGUAUUACACGGCUGAUGAUCCAUGUUCCCCUGAAUCUUUCUUAACAAAUGAUGACUUCUUUAAGUUCUGGGAUACUUCUGUAUCUGAUGAAGCUGAUUUUAUACAUCUUCAGCUGUCCAUAACUAAUUCUGAAUUUGGAGAUGAUGAUUUCUUGAAUGCUGCAAUGUAGCUUCCAGUGAUAACAAAUGAUGAGACAACAAAGAAGACUUGGAAGACAAAUAAGAAGCCUGUUUCAAAGGAAAAGAUUAAGCCACCUAGGAGAUCACCAAGGUUAAAUACAGCUUCUGAAGUGCAGAACUUUGAUCAACAAGGAGGAGCAUCUAGGAAAUUAUGUUUUGUGGAUUUAUUGAAUGAAGUGCAGAGUAUUUCAUGUUUGAGUUAAGCAAGUAGAGUUGGAACUAAUACAACACAGAGUAGCAGUCAACCAUGUCAAGAGAAGUUUGAUCAACCAAGUCAAGAGAGUAUGUCAUGUUUGAGUCAAGCAAAUAGAGUUGGAACUAAUACAACACAGGAGAAGUUUGAUCAACCAAGUCAAGAGAGCUUUAACCAUGAUUACUGGUUUAAUGUAACAUAAGGAAGCACUAUGUACAAUGAUGAGAAUCAAUCUGAAGAUGAGGAAAAUGUGCAUCUAGAGAACACUGAGUUAGAUGGGUGUAACCCAGUUGAAGAUCCAGAUGCCCCUUUAAUAUUUGAUAGUGAUGAAGAUGAUGAGAAGGAUUAUGCUGAAUAUUUAAAGACAUAUAAAGUUCUAGCUCACAAUGAGGAAUCAAUUAGCAGUGAAGAUGGUAGUGGUCUUAAAGCUGAAGAUAAAGAUGAUGGUGGCCCUGAAGUGGUGAUUAAUAAAGUUAGUGUCAAACCUGAUUGGUACAACAAAUACCAACCAGAUAUCAACAACAUUGCUGAGGAAGAUGAUCCAAAUGUAUUCCCUGAAGAAGAUGUAAUACCACCAGUGGACCCUAUUAAGAUGUUGGUACAGUAUGCCUUUCAUAACAAGCAACAUUUCAAAAAGCAUCUUAAAAAGUUUUGUGUCAUUCAUAAUUGGCAGUUCAAAUGUAAAAAAAGUUGUUCUAUGUAAGUUAGGGCUCUGUGUAAUUUUAAGGAUGAAUAUGACUGUAAAUAGUUUGUUUAUGCUAGUAAAGUAAAAAAUGAGUCAACUUUUGUUGUGA